GACGUCGGCCCAUACCUGAGUUUCGGUGAGGAAAGGGGGAAGAACCCGAGCCAGAGUGGAAAACAUCAGCUCCUCGCGGUUGUCCGACAUAAACCUCUCACUUUGUUGUUGUUAUCGACCGGCUCCGUCGAAGAGGUUGUCGGUGGUCGUUGUUCGGAGGGAAUCUUUCGGAUUUUUUGCGGAUUUGCGGAGGAAACAGACGUGUUUUACUCGCAGCCGGUUGGUUAAGCAGGCCGAGAGGGAAAGACCUUUCCAACUUCCUGGUUCACCACAGUUAGGAUGUCAGUCACCCCUCGACGUGUCCGCCUGAAGCCCUGGCUGGUAGCUCAGGUAGACAGCGGGCGGUAUCCGGGUCUGGUGUGGAUUGACCGUGAGGCCAUGCGCUUCAGGAUUCCAUGGAAACACGCUACACGACACACACCCCAGCACGAGGACGAAGACACCAUAUUUAAGGCAUGGGCUGUGGAGACCGGGAAGUUCCAGGAGGGAGUUGAUGAACCUGAUCCCGCAAAGUGGAAAGCUCAGCUCCGAUGUGCCCUGAACAAAAGCAGAGAAUUCAACCUCAUCUACGACGGCACCAAAGAGGUCCCCAUGAAUCCUCUGAAGAUAUAUGACGUCUGCGACAUCCCACAGCCCCUCAGUAACCAAGGCUCUUCAGAUGCUGGUUCUUGGACUCCGCCUGAGGAGGAUGGCGUUGAGGAAGAUGUUCCAGAUACACCAGAGUCUCUCCCGCCAUACCCAUCUAAUGGCACCAGUCCCUCUCCUCUCAUCAUGUGGUCUCCUAUGGGCUCAGACUCCUCCAUGCAGCCUCCAAGUUGCCCCCCUUCGAAUGAGGCCUGGCCAAAAGAGGAACCUGUCAAUAUUUGGCCUAAAAAGGAGCCUGUGGAUGUGGAGAUGCAACCCACACCCCUCCCUGACAUGCCGCCUGCUCCUCUGCCUGAUCCCAUCAUGCAGCCUCCUCCUCUACCCGACGCCUUGUUUGCCUCUCCAGAAACAUGGAUCAGUUCCCUCCCAAUGACAGACCUGGAGGUUCAGUUUCUGUACCGGGGGAAGGAGAUGUGUCCCACGGUGACCGUCAGUAACCCGCAAGGCUGCCGGCUGUUCUACGGAGACCUUGGCCCCAUGGUCAACCAGGAAGAGCUGUUUGGGCCUGUGAACCUGGAACAGUUGCGCUUCCCAACCACGGAGCACAUCACCAACGACAAGCAGAGGGUCUUCACCAACCGCCUGCUGGAUGUGAUGGACCGGGGUCUGAUCCUCGAGGUCAGCGGCCAUGAUAUCUACGCAGUCCGUCUGUGCCAGUGUAAGGUGUACUGGUCCGGUCCCUGUGCUCCGAAUCCGGCUGCACCAAAUCUUAUAGAGCGACAGAGGAGGGUCAAGCUCUUCUGCCUGGAGUCUUUUCUCAGUGGUGUAAUAGCUCACCAGCGCGGCCAAACAACAAACCCUUCUCAGUUUGAAAUCAGCCUGUGUUUCGGAGAGGAGUGGCCUGAUGGAAGGCCCAGGGAGAGGAAACUGAUCAUGGUUCAGGUCAUUCCAGUGGUGGCCCGCAUGAUAAGCGAGAUGUUCUCCGGAGACAACACACGGUCCUUCGACAGCGGCAGCGUCCGCCUGCAGAUUUCUAUCCCAGAUAUCAAGGACAACAUAGUGACCCACCUCAAGCAGCUGUACUGCCUGCUACAGACCCACCAGGGCCAGGACGGCUGGGCUUUGCCCCCAGGGUCAGGCCUGAACAUCGCCCAGGCUCUGCAGACACAGUGAAGCAGCCCACACUGUCAACAUAUAUCUCCUAGUUACCCACUGGUAGCAAAGAAGUACUUAUGUGUAAUCUUAUUUAGACAUGUGCACAAUUUAGUGUAGGAUUCAUUUGCUUUUCAGCUUUCCUCUAGUAUGACUGUGCUGUGACGACGCUUUUAUGUAUAUAGCCAGCAGACAGAUGUGGGGGCUGCCUGGGCCAAAGUCCUGCUCGCUGCAAGGGAACAUUUAACAUAGUUAAUGAGUUACAGAAAUUACCCUGUCGUUAUUUAUCCAAAAUGGGUCAGAGCUUACCAAACUUUCCUAGGGUUUCCUAGAAUGCCUUUUAUCUUUUGACCUUUCUGUAUUUUUGAAGCAACACAUCUAACAAGGGUUUUGUGUAUUUUAGAAACAUAUAUGCAAAUGUGAAUUAAACAGUCCAGUGGCUCCCAGCUGUUUGAGAGCCCACUAUCCUGUGCGCACAUGGAAUUGAGUCUUUCAAAAUUUUAAACAAACGACUGACAAAAAGUCUUCCCUGCAGUUUUGUCUUCAUCCAUUUUAUUUUCCCAUUUAUAUUGUAGAAUAUUUUUGUACUCAUAUCUCUGAUUUUACGCCAUUUACUGUAUCCAGGCAGCCAUUUAACUAAACAACAUUCAGCUACAUGGAUCUGUUUUAAAAUGGAUGCCGCUGCACUUUGGGGUGCUGAAUUAUGUUUUAUGGCUAGUUGAAUGUAAGGGCAUUUAUCCUGUGAUUGUAGGUUUAUUUUAUCAAUAAAAAAUACGCCAAAAUAA